AUGUUUCAUUAUAAUCCAAUACCUUUAAACAACUCAACAAUCUCCUUAUUUCCAAAAAUUGAAACAUUAUAUUUAUAUAAUUUUACUGAUACUAUUUAUCCAAAUUAUAAAAAUUAUUUAUUUAAUUAUAAUAUGACUUCUUCUAAAGCAAUAGAAUUAAAAAAUUCAUUCCCAAAUUCACAAUUUAAACAUGUUGAACAUAAUAUUUUUUCAUACCCAAUUCCUGAUAUUGUUACUGACGUUAAAGUAACUGAUAAGUUGUUUAAUUAUUAUGGUCUUUCAAUUACAUUACCACUUCAUUUUAAACAAUUUUCUUUUAAUUUAACUGCCAAACAUAGUUCAUUUAUUUCUUUGGAGUUUAAAAUGAAAACUAAACCAAUUAUUUAUUCUCCUGUUCCCAUUUGGUUUAAAGGUUAUUUGACUGAUUCUGGUAUUAAAUGUCCAAAUAUUUGGCUUGAUAAAUUCUCUUUAAAUAAUUAUGAUGACUUGUCCCAAACUGUCUCUAUCUAUCCAUUAACUUUUAGUUCUAUUUCUUAUCCUCCUACUCUUAACUUCUCUACUUCUUUAACUUCAUUAGAAAAAUGUGCUUUUGCUAAUUGCUCUUCAUUAACUACUCUUAAAAUUCCUUCUUCUAUACUUUCAAUUGGAGAUAGAUGUUUCUAUAACUGCACUCAACUUAAAUUAAUUUCUCUUUCUUCUUCAGUAAUUUCAUUAGGAAGACUCUGUUUCGCUUGUUGUUGUUCUUUGUCUGAAGUCAAUAUCCCUCAUGACAUUCACUCAAUUUAUGAAGGUACUUUUUAUAAUUGUGUGAGUCUUAGAAAUUUAAAUCUACCUGAUUCUUUAAGAGUAAUAGAGACUAAUGCAUUUAGACAAUGCACAAAUUUAACAAUUUUAUUACCAAAAUCAGUUAAAUAUUUUGCCCCUAAUGCUUUUGAAGGUUGUGCUGAAGUAUUGACUCAAGAAUAA